AUGGAAGAAGAAGAAGAUGUUCAUAUGAUGAAAAACUCAAAAUUUGCUGACGUGGAAUCUGAAUCCGAAGAAGAAGCUCUUUCUCUCUGUGAUCUUCCUAUUAACGAAGAUUCUGAAAACUUGGACGACAAGUCGUUUAAGAGAAAUAAUAUCAGGCCAUUGUCGUUGCCGGAAUCGAGCGAGUUAUUCAGCGGUUUCAGCAGUAGUGGUAGCUCCGAUAUGUGUCCCGCAGACGACAUCAUUUUCCGCGGUAAGCUCGUGCCGUUUAAAGAGUUAGUUAAGGAACAACAACGGAAAGAAAGUCUCAACGUUGAAAAAAUGAAUAAACCGCAAAUGCAUCGCCGGAGAUCGGGAUCUGUUUCCUCUGUUACUCGAUCGAGCAGUGUCAGUAAUUUCGGCGGUGGUUCUACUUCUAACCGUCUCAUGAUGAGAAACAGGUCGCUUAAUUAUUGUAAGUUGAGAGAGCAUUCUUUGAGUUUUCCGAUAUCAAAAACGCCGGAAGUUGUUCGGGGUUCUUCUGUUAGAAGCGUGGCGUCGUCGGAGGGAGUAGCGAAGAAAGCAAUGAAGCCGCGGUGGUAUUCUCUCGUGUUUGGGAAGAUGAAGGUUCCGCCGGAGAUGGAACUCAAUGAUAUUAAGAAUCGGCAGGUUCGCCGGAAUCCUUCAAAAAGCAUGUUUCUAGGUUCGGAUUCCGGUGAGAAUUUGGACGUGAAUCGGAGCUCCGGUAAGGUGUCAUGGAAAAUACUGAAAGCGCUGAGUUGUAAGGAUCACAACAGCGUUUCCGUAACGACGUCGUUCUCUUUGCCUCAAGCGUCGUCGUAA